AUGAAGACCCCCGUUAUCUUGGCCCUAUCCCUGACAUUCGGGCUUGCGUACAGCCAAAUUGGCCAGCAGCACUACGACCGAAUCUGUACCUUCCCUUCCGAGGAAGAAGUUGAAGUGGAGCCGAAGCUGUUUGUCACCUACCACUGUGGCAAGUACGCUCCUCCGAACAACCAGUACCAGGCAUAUGCCGCAAGUAGCCCUGAGGACUGUGUCAAGGCCUGUGCCAAUAAGGGGAGUGGGUGUCUCGGCAGUGCCUGGACUAGUCUACCCAGUGCCACAAGCGCCUGUCUCCACGCGAAGCACUCUUCCCUUCCCGCGCUCGUCAAUAAAAACAGCGUUGUGUUCAUGACUUAUCGGAAAGAAGAAGAUGACGAUGAGGAUCCCUUCGGUGAAAGCACCCUGGAGCAGUUGCAGAAGUGCAAGGACGAUCUGGCCGCCUGCAAGGAAAACGAGGAGAAAUUGGCAGAGUGCGAAAGCAAUGUUGCCGCUGGCCCUCGAGUGCCUCCCUACAAGGAUUGCCCAGCUGGGUCUGACGAGAUUAUCAUCAUCGGAAACAGACGCUUCAAGCAGAAAUGCGACAUGUCGAUGGCCAAAGCCGCGGCGGACAUCUACCGGACCAUCCGACCUGGACUUACUCACGAAGAGUGCGCUCUUAUAUGUGCUCUCGACCAGAAAUGUCAGAGCGCUAUGUCCGUCAGGACUACCAGCACAGCCGGCGAAUGCCAGCUCUCCAGCCGGAAUAUCGAAUCGUCACUGGUCAAUUGGGCCACAAACCGGGCUUAUAUUCCAGUGUGA